AUGACCACGGAGCCAUCCGACGGCAUGAGAGAUUUUUGCCCAGAGGACCCUGAAAUCCAAUUUGCUCAACGCCGGGACCAGGAAAGAGAUUCAAGUCAAUACGGACGUUUUGAUAAGGAACUCAGCGAUAGCACGAACUUCAUGGAAAUCACUGUUCACAGGCCAUCCCACGAUCCACUGCCUGAGUCGGUAGAAGUUCGCUCUCCUACAAACCAGCCUGUGCUCGGAGAUCUGACAGACACUGAGGCACCAGAUAAGGAUACGGAAGCUGGUCUUCCCUCCAAGCUGCCGGAAGAGAGCCGCGCGGAAAGGCUUGAUGCCAUGCCGUUGGACUUCAGCUCGCGAUCCCGGGCCACGACUGUCUCGGUGCGCGAGCUCGAGGCGGAUAUUUCGCCGACCGACACGGACCACGGAAACUUCUGCGCAAUGAUCGAAUGCAUGGCACCAGAAGUUGAGGAGAUACUCCGGCAGUGUGCGAAAAACUCGAGGCACAAACUGUCGCCGUCGACACUCGAAGUUCCAAAGGAAGUGGCGCAUCGUGCAAGUCCAGACCAAACGAUUGAAUUCGAUGCCGUGGUAUGGAGCCGAGAACAGUACGAGGACGAUCAUUACCAGGAUCCGAUGCAAAACUAUGGAAGCAUGACGUAUGGGCUACCGGAAAGCAGCCCUGAUGGGCUUCUCGUCGUCGGGGCCGGUGUGCAGAUUUUGGAGGAUUCGAUCGGGAGCGCUUACGGCGUUCCGGUAACCAAAGCUUCAGUGGAGGUGGCACGGCGGGACUCGGGCAUCAAGUUCACGUUGACGUGUGUCGAGGAUGGCUAUGAGGAUGCUGAAGUGUUGUUCGAUGAUGACUUUUUAUAUGAGGAAGAGAUGAUGGAUCCAGAUUAUUUCCGCAAAAAGGAUGGCUGCACGAAACCAAUCUCUCGGCCAGCUCUGAUACGUAUAAGCACUUAUUAA